AUGCAGUCCAUAGACCAAGAUACCGAUGAAGUCGAACGUAUCAGACUACUCCGGAAGAUAUCCUCUCUCGAAUCAAACGAACUUACAGAUCCACCUUCAACUAGAAGCCUUCGUGGUCUCAAGUCACAGUAUAAUGCUCUGAUAGAAACGAGUAUCCAAACAACUCCAUACCCUGACUUGUUUGAAUAUCUACCCACAGAGAUAUGGAUGGACAUCCUUCUCGAGGUCAUUGACGAUGACUGUCUGAAUAUUCUACCGCUGACACAGGGUCUACCAUUAUAUAUGACGAUUGAUAUUCCUAUAACACCUAUUCUACGGGAUGCUUUUCUACAAAGAGAGGCAAAUCGCAUUCAAUACCUAAAAAUUAAAAUGCUCCCUGGGCAUUCUCCGUUCUGGAGCGAGAAUGAUAAUGACCCGCUUAGCCAUUUGUUUGGUUAUUCUAUCGGCAGCCUUUUCAAAGACUUGGGACAAUUACCAUUACUCGAGUCUCUGACAAGUGAUAUAGAUGAUAGGGGAGACUCUGCUCUAUGUUUGGCGCUUCGUUACCUCAAUGCGCCCAACAUCAAGUAUGUGACACACGUCUCAUUAUCUGAUGAUGCCCUAGCGCUCCCUAUAUAUACUGGUUUACGAUCUCUAGAGACAUACUUGCAGUUGGGAACCGUCAUACCCAAGCUGGUCAAGUUCACUGACCUCAAGGAGUUGGUUCUCUCUGGUGUUGCGUGGGAGGAACAAGGGGAACAAGAGAUGCCUCCCGAAUCAUAUAUCAAAACAUGCAAGUACAUUCCCCCUCUAGAGUACUUGCGAUCACACCAGAGAUCUUCGAACUAUAUUUGGCCACUUUUGACCCAAGUGACCUCUAGUAUCCGUGUGCUAAAACUCGAAAUAAGAUGGGGGAAAGUAUUCGAGCUUCUCACCGCAACUUAUGAAGCACAUUAUUUACACCAACUCCAAAUCUCCAUCUUCGUCGAUCCCUACGAAGACGAACUCAAAGACAUUGGGUGGAAGACACCUACGCUUCUUCAAUUACAAGAAUUUGGGUUAAAAGUGUAUCCAAGGGGAGAUAUAGCUAUACCCAAGGCGACUCAUAUCCUCCUGAACGCUCUUGAUGGCAGCUUGGUCAAUAUUCAGACGCUACAUCUGGAUUCCGACAUCGUUGCCAGUGAUCUAGUCCGGUUUCUCAAAGGUAUGGAACAUUUGAAUGUAUUGAACAUCAAAGGUUCUGUAGAAAAUGAUGAAGCCAGAAGGAUAUCUUGCCCCGCAUUGAAAAGACUGGUGGCGGAAACGGAAGGGAUCUUACGUUACGUAAGCAUGCCAAACCUCUUCAGCCUCACGAUACAGAGUAGGUACGAUCUGGACAAGCCAAUAAAUGGCGUACCCAAUCUAGAGAUCGAUCGCAGCUUUGUAACAAGCGUCCAAUCAUUAUCUCUGGAUACUAGAAUUGCAAAUAUUCUCAUCCCCGAUGGCACUAAGUUUACGCAGCUCCUCACACUCGAGUGGAUAGGUUCUGGGCGAACAUACUUUCAUCUGUAUCACCCAUUCCCUUCCCUUACCAAAAUUACUUUUGCUGAAUCCAAUCAAUAUCUAGGAGCGAGCUCUUUCUGUGAGCUGUUACUCCGGUACCCUCGAUUGUGUCCACGUCUGGAGACGGUUUAUAUGCACGAGUACCCAGAAUGGGACAUGCUCCUAUACAUGCUCCUGAGACGAAACGUGUACCAGAGUCAAGACAACAUUUCACGAAUUACGAGUAUAGGGCUUCCAGGGUAUCCAGCUCCGAGCAUAGUCGUGCCCCUGAACACUUUACUACUAGGCAAGAUUCCAUUGGAGAUUCCUUCUCUCGAAGGAGUUUCAUAUAUGCUCAUUUACUCUGAUCCUGCCAUGCGGGCUAUCCAAAGGAGGAAAGCGAAAAUGCCCCAAGGGUCUGAUCCGCCUCUUCCCAAUCACCUCCGAGACUGGUUCGACAUCUGGAAAGAAAGGGAGUACGCAUGGGCACAAAAAGGGCUCGAACAUAAAGACUGGAGACAGCGAAAAAGCCACUGCGCGCGACAUAAUUAUUCGCGACUCGUCGUGAUUGAUGGUCACACUCUAGAUGUUCUAGACAUCAUAAUUGAUUCUAAAGAGCUCGAGUACCCAGUAUUUCAGAUUGGUGCUGAGUGGGGGGUUGGACUGGACAUACCAAGUGUUGGAAGCGAAGACCUGGAACCUGGAAGCGACAACGAGGACCCUCUAUCUCAGAUAGAUGACAAGGUAUUUCAGACUGAUGACGAGCACUCAGGGUCUGAGGCUGGCAACGAGUACGAUUGUGGUAGAGUGGCCGAUCUAAUGCGGGCUGGAGGGACUCCUUGA